GCGUCGCAUUCAGUUUACACCGCACGGCCGUGUGCGGCGCACGGUUAUUACGUUGCGCGAGGUCACGCGCUCGCUCAUCGAAUAUUUUUAAUUCUUACGAAACGAUAACGUCAGCGUCAACAUUACCUCAUAGCAUCAAUAAUACUAUUAUUAACUACGAAAGCCGGUAUUCGGCAGUACCCACGCGGUAGCAUCACAGGGCGACCGCAUGAACGCUCCUCUAAUAUGACGAAGUACACAGCCCUCGCUUUUUACUUCAUAGCGCCGUUAUUAGCGAGCGGCUACAGAAUAUUGGGCAUAUUCCCGUCAUUGGAUCGCAACAACCAUUUAACGUACCGCGGCCUGCUAAAGGAGCUGGCGAACAGGAACCACGAUGUGACCGUGAUCAGUCAUUUCCAAUUACCAGAUGCACCUUCUGCUUAUCAUCAUGUGCCGCUCAGCAAUACGCAAGUCCUCAAAGGAUUAUCUUUCGAGUCAGUGAUACCGAGUGAAAUUUCUCGGGUGCCUUUCGAAACGCUUGUGUCGACAAAAUCCGGCAACGAUGACUGUAAAGUCUUGAUGAACAAUCAUCAAGUGCUCCACAUGUUAAGAAGUCGGCCUAGAUUUGAUGUUAUUAUUGUGGAGUCUUACAACAGUGACUGUGGAAUCGCGUUUGCGGCCAAUCUGAGUGCUCCGUACAUUUUGUUUAACCCCCAACCGAUCCAUCCUUGGCAGUACAACAGGCUUGGGAUCAACUUUAAUUCAGCUUUCAUACCACAAUCGCUGCUGCCUUAUGGAAAGAAUCCUUGGUUCUUUGACAGAUUGCGCAGUUAUAUAUUGUAUCAUAUAACCAAUUGGGUAUAUUACAUCGGGUCCCAAGUGACAGACCAUGUGUACCUCUACAAGUAUCUAGGCGACGACUUGCCCUCGUUGGAAAGUUUUGCGUCGAACGCUAGCUUGGUGUUUGUAAACACGCAUCAGUCAGUAUACGGAGGCUUCCCCAGACCUGAUAAUGUAAUUGAUAUCGGUGGAAUACAUAUUAGACCGCCUAAAAUUAUUCCUACGGAAAUCGAAAGAUUUAUAAAUGAAGCGGAAUACGGUGUGAUAUACAUGAACUUAGGCUCCACAGUCAAAGACUCUACAUUGCCUAAAGAAAAGUUGAACGAACUUCUAUCGACUUUCAGCAAGUUACCAUUGCGAAUACUAUGGAAAUGGGAUGGAGAAGUCAUAGAAAACUUGCCGAGAAAUGUCAUGACAAUGAGGUGGCUCCCACAAUAUGAAAUACUAAAACAUGAUAACGUGAAAGUCUUCAUCUCUCAUGCCGGUAUACUAAGCACGAUCGAAGCCAUCGACUCGGGUAUCCCUGUGGUGGCGAUCCCUCUGUUUGGAGACCAAUAUGGCAAUGCCGCAGCAAUGGCAGAUGCCGGUAUUGCAAUUAUCGUGGCGUACAAUGAUUUAAAAAAAUCACUUCUCUUGGAUGCUAUAAAUGAAGUAUUAGAUUCAAAGUGUCAACAGCGUGCAAAACUUGUGUCAAAAAUAUGGCACGAUCGUGCUAUGUCGCCGUUGGAGACUGCGAUAUAUUGGACAGAAUAUGUAGCCAGAUACAACGGCGCACCCAACUUACAAGCGACGUCUGCUCAAUUACCAUUGUACCAACAACUACAGUUGGACGUACUUGCAUUUGUAGCUAUUGUAUUAUAUAUACUAGCAUAUGUGGUAUAUAAAAUACUUAGCGUGUGUUGUUUUUGCUGCUGUCACAACGAUGCGGCGUCCCAAAACGCUAUCGGUGAAGAAAGAAGGAAAGAAAGAAGAGUGAAAUUUGAUUAACAAUCUCAAAAUCACAGUAUUUGUGUAAAUAUAUUAAGGAAUAUGGGACACUACUGAAAUAACUUUAUGAAUAUAAUUGUUAGAUAAACACUUGACUAUCGAUGAUUGAUAUUUAUUAUGCUGAUGUU